GAUUAGCAGAGAGCUCGCUGCGUUCCCCCACCAUCUUCCAACCUGUGCGUCGCAGUUAUGGACUCUGGUGAACUGCGGUAUACAUAACAUUUUAGUACCAUUGUAAUUUUGACUGUGUUCAAAGUGAAUCGUACUCCAUAUAAUGUUUGUAAAUAAUACGCGAUGUGACCUCUGAUUUAAAAAAAAAAUACAUAUUUUAUUUAUAACUCCAUUAUGUGAUAUGUUUAACAAAUGCUUCAUAUGCAGAAGCAAGUAUUGAACCAAAAAAUUAUCAACUUUUAAAGAAUAUCAGGCGACUCUUGAACCGGCAAAUAUGAAAACUGAGAUAUCUUGGAAACGUCGUUUAUUAAGAAAAAAAUUGAAAUACACACUGAUCUGCGUUUUUAUAGCAGCUAUUAUUUUCGUAAUACAUCAGCUGGUUUAUUUCAAAGAACUUAAUCAGGCAAUUGUAGGGAAAUUAAUUAGUGGAUCCGUAAGAACGUCUAAUUACAUUGUUACUGGUAAAGUACAUUCAAAAUGGAACGACCUCUCACAUUCUAAACUUUUACGUGAUAAACAAGGUAAAACUGUAUCAUUGCGUGGAACACGCGAUCAGGAUAUUUCAAAAUACCUACCAAAUGCCCAAGGAGAAUUUGUAUGUUUUACUUCUAAAGAUAAAAUAGACUUCUUUAAAAUUAACGACAAUUAUUGUGACUGUCCCUUGGAUGGUAGCGAUGAGCCUGGCACUAAUGCAUGUAACAAUGGUGUGUUUCAUUGUGAAAUUUCAACCUUGCACUUUCCAGUAAAAAUACCAUCUUACAAAGUUAAUGAUGGAUAUUGUGAUUGUUGUGAUGGAUCUGAUGAAUGGGAUGAAGUCAUAUUACCUUAUUCAAACAAUGUUUUAAGAAAAUAUCAAUCAAGCCAAGCGAUGCAACAUGAUUCAGAUUCCAAUAGAACAGUAUGGAAUCCUUCACAAAUAUUUAAGUGUCCCACACAUUACAAAUAUGCUGUAGUUAUACUGAAUCGUCCUCUUUAUUGGAAGCAUGACAGUGUCCUUAGGAUAUGGGAAAAGGCACAAAUUAAUGUUACUGUUGAUGGUGGAACACAUGCUUGGUUACAUUACUUAGAAGAGCAAGGUAUAGAUGUCUUCAAUGGAAAGCAUAAUGAAUAUAUACCAAACUUAAUUACUGGAGACAUGGACAGUUGUAGUCCAUUAAUCCUAGAGAGGUUGCAGUCCAUAGGUUCAAGGGUCAUAGAAACAAUCAACCAGGAUUAUACAGAUUAUACAAAAGCUUUGAUUCAGUUAGGACAAUAUGCUCAAAAGGAAAAUAUAAAUUUAAACGGAAUAUACGUGUUUGUAGACUCAUCAGGAAGAUUGGAUCAUAUUAUUGAAAAUCUUAAUACUCUUCAUAAAAGUGAUAAGCUCAUUGGACAAUACAUUCCGAUAAUACCGGUGAUUCAAAUAGCAAGUAAUUCAUUGACAUGGAUUUUAAAGCCAGGUUUCCAUACUAUAAUUAUUCCUAAAAUCUUGGUCCAGAGUAAUAGCUGGUGUGGACUUCUACCAAUUGGUGCACCUGUUAACUGUAUAACAACAACUGGUUUAAAGUGGAAUUUAAAUCGUGCGACUUUACAAUUUGGUGGUUUAAUAAGCUCUUCAAAUACGUAUGACGAUUGUUCUGAAGUAACUAUAAAUACAGAUUCAUCAGUAGUAUGGACUAUGGGUAUCGAAGCACUCGACGAAGAAUUGAAUUGCAAAAAAUGUUGUCAUUAGAAAAUGAUAUUUCUAUUUAGUUAAUCAAUUUUGAACACCUACAGUACCUGAGGUAUAAUAGCAGACGGGCUUUUUGGUAUUACAAUCCUCGGAUGGCGAGUAGCCGGAGUAACGAAGCAUUGGUACCAUCAGGUCUGUGCUAACCCAAGAUACAUUUCUUUCAAAUUUAAUUCUGUAUAUAUUGCUUUUAUUAAAAUUAAUUUAUUUUUUUAAAUCUCAUUAAAACGAAAAGACAAUUAUGAUGGAUGGUCACGGGCAACGUAGGCUUCCUUUGUACAUUGUAAAUAAGUAAUUGACAAAUCACAGUGUAAAUAUUUUACACAAAUCUAGAAAUGGUGAUUGAAAGUGAUAAAUACUUAAUAAUAACGCCGAUGCCGCCAUCCAAAAAUUCAAAGAAAAAA